CUUAGGGGAGGAAUCAGAUCUGCUUUACGGAGAGGCAGGGGCGAAACCCGUUUGCGGACCUAAUCCAAAAUAGGGAGAAAGAUCACCGUGUCUCGGGGCUCUACAGGUCUCUACCCUUGGGAGAGCCUCUUAAAAGUCUCUCCUGGUGAGGAAGUCUCCUGCUCUGGGUUUCAGCAUGAGACCCUGGCAUGAUCUCCUUUGGAGGGAGGGCUGGGCCCGGGAGACAGUGUCGCUGCCGCAUGCUUCCAAACGUUGUCCUUAGCCAUUGCCUUUCCCCCGGCUGAGGGGCGCUCCUGAGAUUCCCCUCCCCUGGAGAGGGGAGGCUGGGGUGGGAGAGGGAGUUGUAGGUAUUUGUCUCUCAGGACACAGUUCUUGAUCAUCUUGAUUUGGAGAGAGCGACACAGCGUCCCCUCAUCCCAAACUGUCCCAGCCGCUGGGCGAGGGCAGCGCCUGCUGCUAACCUCUCCCUCCGGGGGCAGGAAUUGUCCGCUGCGCCUUUAACGGGCGUCGUUACACCGGCGGCGGAGCUGCAGGAAGCUCGUGGUGCCCUGGCGGCUGCUCCCCUCCGGCUCCCGGCGCUGCAGCCUGAACCCCGGGAGAGGUGCCGCUAGAGGCAGCCGAAGGAAACAAAUGUGGCCAAGGAGCGCAAGACGCCUCGUCUCCCUGUGCGCUAGGAGAGCUCCGGCGGCGAGCCGCUAGGGCGCAGCGGGCGUGGAGAGCGGCGGCCUCGGGCAGGUGCGGGACUCGGGGUACUCCGCGGCAGGAACCGAGGCGCCCGGGGAGAUGGCGAAAGCCUCACGCCCAGCUGGUUCGCGCAGAUUCAGUGGCACUCAGUGGCACAUGCAGAACGUCAUUAAUGACUCUGUGGAGAGCUCAGACGAUGAAUUUUUUGAUGCCCGAGAGGAGGUGGUGGAAGGGAAAAGUGCCAUUCUCAUAGGAAUGAGCCAGUGGAACUCCAAUGACUUGGUAGAGCAGAUCGAAACAAUUGGGAAGCUGGAAGAAAAUCAAGCAGGUGAAGAGUCUGCGGUUUGCUCGUCUGGCUUUCUCCAGGAAAAGCAACAGAUGCAAGAUAUGUUGCUGUUUUAG